CCCUGCUCGCCCCGUUCCGCCGCCUCGUCCGGCCGUUCGACCGCCGCCGCCGCCCGUCCGGCCGUCUGACCGCUCGCCCCCGCCCCUCUCCAGCCUCCACGGCGCUGCAGCACCGCCGCCCGUCCUCUGCUCGCCCCGUUCCCGACCGCCGCCCAUCCUCUGCUCUCCCCCGCCACGCACCGUUCCCGACUGUUGGGCGCUGCUGCACUCUCCCUCAUCUCUGUCUGCUUGACCCGCCGGCCGUAUUUGAUGGACUCCAGCGACGAGGCUGACCUGGCUGCCUGGAUUGAAGAAGAGGAGGCCGCUGAACUGGCCGAGGCAGCGGAACAAGAAGCACGCAAGAGGGCACGCACAGAGGCAAAUGUUCCGGAAAUAUUUGAUCUAGCAAAUGUGGUUCCCGAUCCCGGAAUUCGGAGACCAAUUGAAUCAUAUGGUACCGCUGAAAUUAGAGAUAAAAUGCGAUGGGCAUAUUUGUCGAGAGGUCGUAAUCGUUUAGUUGGUCAUAGUUAUCCCAAAAAUCCGGAUAAGCGAUCAUUUCUAGAAGCAUGGUAUAGCAAGUAUGAUUGGUUAGAGUUUAGUGUGGAGAAGAAUGCUGCAUUUUGUUUUUAUUGUUUUCUUUUCAAAUCUUCAAACAAUGGUAACCACUUUGGAUCGGAUGUUUUCACAAAGUCGGGGUUUACAAAUUGGAAGAAAGCAUCGGAAAAUUUCAGGGGUCAUGUAGGUGGACCAACGAGCUUUCACAACAAUGCAAGAAAUAGUUGUGAAGAUUUCAGAAAUAAAAAGCAAAGUGUUGCAUAUGCUCUUGUUUCUCAUGAAGAAAAAUCGCAUAUUGAAUAUGAGAUUCGUUUGAGGGCUGUUGUGGGUGUUGUCAGAUUUCUACUUGACCAAGGUCUAGCUUUUCGUGGGCAUGACGAGUCUAGCACUUCCUUGAACAAGGGGAAUUUCCGUGAGAUGUUGGAUUGGUAUGGUGCAAGAUGCAAGGAUGUAGCUGAUGUGAUCAAUGAGAAUGCUCCUGGCAAUUGUCAAUUAACAUCUCCUGAUAUCCAAAAAGAUAUAGUGCAAGCAUGUGCAGAAGAGAUUACACAUGUCAUUAUGAGUGAGCUCGGAAAUGCUUGUUUCUCUCUACUUGUUGACGAGUCUCGUGAUGUAUCAGUUAAAGAGCAAAUGGCUGUGAUGGUGAGGUUUGUGAACAAAAAAGGAGAGAUCAUGGAAAGAUUGCUUGGUGUUGAGCAUGUCCUUGAUACUACAUCGGCUUCUUUGAAAAGAUAUCUUGAUGCUAUGUUUGUGAAACAUAAUUUGUCCAUGUCUAGCUUAAGAGGUCAAGGAUAUGAUGGUGCCUCUAAUAUGCGUGGGGAGCUACAUGGUUUAAAAACAUUGGUAUUGGCCGACAACCCUUAUGCUUUUUAUGUGCAUUGUUUUGCCCACCAACUACAAUUGGUGGUUGUGGCGGUUGUGAAAGGGGUUCUUCCGGUUGGUCAGUUCUUUGGUUACUUAAACAAGAUUGUUAGUAUGGUGAGUGCCUCUUGUAGGAAAAAGGAUGCAUUGUUGCAAUUGCAGCAUGACCGUUUGGUAGCACAGCUAGAGAGUGGGGAGAUCUCAUCGGGAAGAGGCCAAAAUCAAGAGACAAGUUUAACAAGACCAGGUGAUACUCGUUGGGGAUCACACCAUAAAACUCUAGUUCGGAUUCAAGUAAUGUGGGAUGAUGUGGUUAAAGCACUAUGCAGUGUUUCUCAUGAUGGGACAGAUGCCGAGGAGAAAGGUGUGGCUUCAGGUUAUAUCAUAUACAUGGAAACCUUUGAAUUUGUUAUUAUCUUGCAUUUGAUGAUUCGAUUGCUUGGUAUAACAAAUGGUUUGUCAAAUGCAUUGCAAGCCAAGGAUCAGAACAUAGUGAGUGCUAUGAAUAUGAUUGUCUCAGUGAAAAGUGCAUUGCAAAAAUUGAGAGAUGAUGGAUGGGAGCCUCUAUUGCUUGCUGUUACUAACUUUUGUGGUGCACGCAACAUUAUGGUACCGAAUAUGGAUGAUAACAUUGCAGCUAGGGGUUACCCAAGGAGCUCACGCAAGAUGGUUACUUGCUUGCAUCAUUACAAGGUACAAAUCUUUAUUGAGGUGCUUGACAAAAACAUAGUUGAGAUGAAUCACAGAUUUUCUGAAACUUCUACACGCCUAUUAUUGUGCACUUCAUGCCUUGAUCCUAGAGACUCAUUCAACAGUUUUGACAAUGAUAUGCUAGUUGAGCUUGCUACCAUAUACUCUGCUGAUUUCUCUUCACAUGAUUGUUGUCUAUUGGUUGAUGAACUAAACAUAUAUGUUGAUGUCAUGAAGAGAACUCCUGAGUUCAGUGCUUGUGAUAGUUUGAGUGAUCUUGCUCUCAAGUUGGUUCAGAAAAGAUAUCAUUUGACAUUUCCAUUGGUCUACCGCCUUAUUACACUAGCUUUGACAUUGCCUGUGGCAACAGCAUCAGUAGAGAGGGUUUUCUCGGCCAUGAAGAUUAUAAAAUCAGAUCUUCGAAACAAGAUAGGGGAUGAUUGGCUCAAUGAUUUGAUGAUUUGCUAUGUUGAGAAAGAGAUAUUUGCACAAAUUGAUGACAAGAAGAUUAUGCUUCGUUUUCAUGCCUACAGUAACCGUAGAGGUCAUCUUCCUCAUGGAUUUCGACUUCCUAGCAUGGAUUCAACUUAAUGGUAUGGUAAUAUCUCCUCAAAAUGUAGCACUUUUGUAUAUGGUUCUUGUUUUUUAGUCAGUUUGUACUUCUACUCGGUGAAAUAUGAUCAAUGCAUCAGUUUGGACCAUUUUUUGUUGAUUA